CGUGUUUAAAUGCUCUGCAGCAUUACCCAGGACUCCCUGCAGACGUAUGACCUGUCUCUGGCCUUGACGUUCCGCGCGCCACAGCUGCUGCUAGUCUCCGGGAGCGUGUGUCCGCAGGUAGCGUGAACCAGCCCGUGGUCCAGUCCCACCUCCGUCCUCCUGACCCCGGGAACAGACACCGCGGAGCCACGAUGCUGACAUGUAGGAGCGUGUGGAAGAAGCUCACACCGUUAGCUCGAGCCUCUUCAACUCUGUGCCGGCUCAAUGUGAGGCGAGCAGGGUUAAACAAUGGCGGACCAGUACGCGUACCAGCAGCUAACAUGUCCACCGGUCCUUCGGGGGGAGGAAGGGAAAAACAGCUGUACGUGGUCCUAGUUGGAGCAGCCGCCCUUGCUGGGGGAGUAUAUGCGUACAGAACUGUCAAAAGUGACCAACGUAGAUAUCAGGAACGUAUCGAUGACCUUUCAUCCAGACCGCAGAAAGCAGCCGCACAACAAACAGCUGUACCCCUCAACGAGUCAGAGCCGUCUGCUACCGAAGCCACUGAAACAGCUGUGGAAGCCACUGAGACAGAGCCCGUUGCUGAGCCAGAGCCUGAGGCAGCUCCUUCACCAGAGGAGCCAAUCCCUCCGGCCCCUGAGGCUGAAGCAGCCGCUCCCGCUGAAACAUCUGAAACUGUCCCAGCAGAUGAGCCUGUGGUAGAAGCAGCACCCCCAGAAGAAGCAGCAGAGUCUUCUGCUGCACCUGUAGUCGAGGAGGAACCAGCACCCCCACCUGAGCCAUCCCCAGUUGAGCUAACAGAGCCACCUCCUGCACCUGUAGUGGAGGAGGAACCAGCACCUGAGCCGUCCCCAGUUGAGGUAACAGAGCCAUCUCCCGCACCUGUAGUUGAGGAGGAACCAACACCCCCACCCGAGCCGUCCCCAGUUGAGCUAACAGAGCCACUUCCUGCACCCGUUUUGGAGAGUGAACCUACAGCAGCAGCAGAUACAGCAGAGCCGCCUGCAGCAGAGCCAGCCGAGCCUCAGCCUGAAGUUGUGGCAGAGAGUGUUCAAACUCCAGCAGUGGAUGCCACACCUGCCUCUUCCAAGGUGCCCUCACACGCCCCCUACCUCCUUAUCGGUGGGGGUACUGCCUCUUUCGCUGCUGCCCGGUCUAUUCGAGCCAGAGACCCCGGUGCCAGGGUACUAAUUGUGACUGAGGAAUCAGAGCUUCCAUACAUGAGACCACCUCUUUCUAAAGAACUGUGGUUCUCUGAUGACUCCAGUGUGACAGAAACUCUGCGUUUCAAACAGUGGAAUGGAAAAGAAAGAAGUAUCUACUUCCAGCCGCCAUCAUUCUACAUUCAAAUAGAAGAAUUGGCAAGUGCAGAAAAUGGUGGUGUGGCUGUUCUCUCUGGCAGAAAGGUGGUUCACAUGGAUGUGAGAGGAAACAAAGUUAAACUGGACGAUGACACUGAGAUUUCCUACAACAAAUGUUUGAUUGCUACAGGCGGUGUGCCAAGAAAUCUACAGGCCCUUGAGAGAGCAGGAGAGGAAGUGAUGAAGAGGACGACUCUGUUCCGCAAGAUUGAUGACUUCAAAUCCUUGGACAAGGUCUCCAGAGACGUCAAGUCCAUCACAAUCAUCGGAGGCGGCUUCUUGGGCAGCGAGCUGGCCUGUGCCCUCGGCAGGAAAUCAUCAGAGUCUGGUCUGGAGGUGUUGCAGAUGUUCCCUGAGAAGGGCAACAUGGGAAAGGUUCUGCCUGAGUAUCUGAGCAAUUGGACAACUGAAAAAGUCAAGAAAGAGGGCGUUAAAGUCAUCUCAGAAGCUUUGGUGAAGUCUGUGACUCUCAAAGAUGAUAAAUUAGAAAUCAAGCUGAAGGAUGGCCGAUUGGUGAAAACUGAUCACAUUGUUGCAGCUGUUGGCCUGGAGCCCAAUGUUGACCUGGCUAAGUCAGCAGGUCUGGAGGUAGACUCUGACUUUGGAGGCUUUCGGGUCAAUGCAGAGCUGCAAGCAAGGUCCAAUAUUUGGGUGGCAGGAGAUGCUGCAUGUUUCUACGACAUCAGACUGGGCCGCAGACGAGUGGAACACCACGAUCACGCUGUUGUGAGCGGUCGACUGGCAGGAGAGAACAUGACAGGAGCCAACAAACCCUAUUGGCAUCAGUCUAUGUUCUGGAGUGACCUGGGGCCUGAUGUUGGUUAUGAAGCCAUUGGGAUCGUUGAUAGCAGCCUGCCAACAGUAGGAGUGUUUGCCAAAGCCACUGCCAAGGACACACCUAAAGCUGCUACAGAGAAGUCCGGAACUGGGAUCCGCUCUGAAAGUGAAACAGAGGACACAGCCGUUAGCCCAGUGGCCUCUUCAACCCCUUCUCCGGCUGUGGAGCAGAAUAGAGACAACUAUGGAAAAGGAGUCAUUUUCUACUUGCGAGACAAGGUGGUGGUGGGCAUCAUCCUGUGGAAUGUGUUCAACAGAAUGCCCGUUGCAAGAAAGAUUAUAAAGGAUGGAGAGGAGCAUGCCGAUCUAAACGAAGUGGCAAAGCUGUUCAACAUCCAUGAGGAUUAAGAUGGUCUGGGCUGAUGCUCGAAAUGGGAACUUUGGCAUCCAUUGCCACACUGUUUAUGAGACAACUGACCAUGCAUACAAAUCGAGACAUUCAACAUCAUGUCUCUGAAAUAUUUUCACAUUUGAAAUUUGUAUGUGUUUUGUUGUUUUUUCACUCGUUUAUGUUCAGGGAGAAAUCACAGUCUCAUCUUCCCGCUACCACCAAAUGUGAGUGAUUGUAUAUCCGCUUUCCCCAGCAGGCUGAAAAAGUUAAAUAAUGGAUUAUUGUUUCCCUUUGUGUGAUCAGAGCAGCCCGUUGUGAGAAAAGCUGCAAUAAAAGUUAUUUUUAAACUGGA